CGGUUUCGAGCGUGGUUUGGACAGCGUGUCAAACAGCACCGUCAAGUCACACUUCCAGCUGGUCAGUGUGGCGGCAGGAGAAAGCCGGGGCGUGUUUCGUGAUUUGAGUUUUGACACGCGCACGCGGUGGAGAGAUAUUUAAAGACUCUAUUCCCUGAUGUAGAAAUCAUUAUCUGACAGCUCGAGCUGGUCCGAGAGAACUGAAGAGUACGGUUAAGAAUUCGUAGAGAAAAUGGCGGAGGUUGCUACACCCGGCGCGGAGAAGAGCCUCGACGACUUCUUUGCUAAGCGGGAUAAAAAGAAGAAGAAAGAGAAGGGUAAAGGGAAAGAAGCAGGCCCGGUGAGCGCGCCCGCCUCGGUGAAGAAGACCAAGAAGGAAAAGGAGAAGUCGAUGAAAAGCGAAAACCAAGACGCGACCAUUGAGAAGGAGGAUGAGGAAUGGAAAGAGUUUGAGCAGAAGGAGGUGGACUACACUGGCCUGAGGCUUCAGGCUCUGCAGAUAACUGAUGAAAAAGAAGAGGAAGAAUAUGAGAAGGAGGAGGUGGGAGAGAAUGGUGAGAACAUGCUGGUCAGUGGAGAUAAAGUAUCUGGGCCUUGGAACAAAUCUGGACCUCCUCCACCAGCUGCUCCUGUGGAGGAAAAAGAGGUUCCUGAGUCAAAGCCCGCUGGUGUGUAUCGCCCCCCUGGCGCUCGAUUAGGUUCAACGAAAAAGGCGCCAACACAGGGGCCUCCAGAGAUUUUCAGUGAUGCGCAGUUCCCUUCACUUCUUGCAACUGCCAAACACGUGGAGACUCGCAAGGACAGAGAGAUCGAGAAGACGUUUGAGGUGGUCAAACACAAGAGCCGUGCCAGAGAAGGGGAAGGUCAAGGAGCCGUACAGCAUUUACAGUUAGACAACCAGUUUGCUGUUCUGGAGGAUAAAUAAACACUGUCCUCACCCCUCAGCCCACCACCAAUGGUGCAGUCCAAACCACAGGGCAAGAUGACCCGCCGCUGUGCUGAUGCAGUCCUGAUCAUGCUGGAGAUGCAACAUGCAACACACACACACACACGCACACACACCCCUAUACUACAUUUCCUCUCUUUUGCUCUCUUAAUUCUCACACACAACCCCCUCCCCCCAUCUCACACACACGUACACACCUGCACCCCACAAAAACAUUCGGACAGUGCCCUCAAGUAUUUCACUCACACUUGGCUGGCCAAGGUUCUCUCAUAUUGAACACAUCCAAAAGGGUGCAGCAAAUGGAGCUGAGUGACUUUAAAAUUCUUAAGACAGUGGAAACAAGCAAACUUCUGUGAUGAUGGAUUUACACAGAGCAGUGGAUGGUUGGAGAGCUGUGCAAAUGGGACAUCAGCUGAACUCUUGAGAAAGCCCUCUCUGAGGAUGGACUCUUAUGUGAUCAAUUGAACUUCUGUUGAAAUUUACACACAUCUAUUUUUUUGCUUUGCUAAAUCAACAGAACUCCUUGCAGUGAAGAUGUUUUCUGUUCAUGAUGUGAGUGCAGUGGGAGUUGUUUGGGUCAGGCCAGAGGAGAGGGUAAGACUACCUCAGUUGCAGAUCUGUGCUUAACCUGUUGACAGAGUCCUUGGGCCUGGUCACAAUCCCAGCUGAAGAGGAGCACUUAACACUUCAUCUUUAAACUUGAAAAGUUCUUCUCUCUCUCUCUCUCUCUCUCUCUCUCUCCCCCAUGUUCUUUCUUUUGGGGCACUAAAGCUUGCGAUGUUUGAAUCGAUUCUAUUAAAAGUGGCCUUACUGUAAAGAGUAAAAGCAUAGAGUGAUUUGAAAUAUAUAAAUAUAUAUGAGUGAGAGAAAUGUCUAUCAUCCUUUGGAGAGACACUUGCUGACUAUGAGGAAAACUGAUGUUUGCCUCGACUGUACCACUUUGAGGAAUAAAAACCACCUCCCUGCUUCCUUGUACUGGAUUGUAGUGCUAAGUUGUAGUUUAAAUGAUUUUUUUUUUUCUUUCUUUCCUGGACUCUGCUUAAGCACUCAGAUUGUUUCUUGCAAAAAAUGAAUUUGGUGCAAAGCUUACUGUGUUCAGAAAACCCCUACUCUUUUUUGAUUAGCUGUUUCCAUUUAAUGUUUUCCCCCUUUUCCUCUCUUUCUACCCUUUUCAGUAUACUUUUUAAUCUGAUUUCAUGAUUGAUUGGCAAACCAGAAUUAAAGUGUAACCUUC